CUAGGGAGGAAAUCAUUAAAUAAUGAUCAAAAGGAAGAAGUGAGGUGUGCAGCCGUGCAUGCAAGGAGGAUCUUGGAGACCAGCCACCCACUGGCCUCUUCGGGAACAGCCAGCCAACGCCCCCCCUGGGGGUUGAACCGGAGGCCGGGGCUGGAGACCUGUGUAUUCUGGAGGCUCCUCUUGCAAGAAAGAACCGGAAACCUGCUGCACACGCGGGAGGGCGGGCAGCGCGCGGGGCCUGGCCGGGUCCGCGGGCUGCGCUGGGUGCGCGGCGCAGGGACAGCCUCCCCGGGGCGCGCGCAGCAGAGAGGACCUCGCAGCCGAGGCGACCCCGCAGCCGAGGUGCCGCAGGAUCUGACGUCCCCGGAGCUGAGCUGGGCUCCCCCGAGACCCCUCUGCAGGAAACACGACAGGAGCGAGACCAUGCGGCGGAUGGGAUAUUCAUGCCUGUGUUUCAGGAGCUGUCUGGCCGUGGCCCUGGGUCUGUGGCUGGGAGGGACGCCAUCCACCUGCAGGGAUACGGCUGACUCGAGGCCCAACAUCCUACUGAUGAUGGCGGAUGACCUUGGCAUUGGAGACCUCGGCUGCUAUGGCAACAAGACCCUAAGGACUCCAAACAUCGACCGGCUUGCAGAAGACGGGGUGGUCCUGACCCAGCACAUCGCCGCGGCGUCUGUGUGCACCCCGAGCAGGGCUGCUUUCCUGACGGGCAGAUACCCCAUUCGCUCAGGCAUGGUUUCCAGCAAUGCUUUCCGUGUUCUCCAGUGGACAGCAGCAUCCGGGGGCCUGCCCACCAAUGAGAUAACUUUUGCAAAAAUAUUGAGAGACCAAGGCUACGCCACCGGACUAAUAGGAAAAUGGCACCUGGGACUGAACUGUGAGUCUUCCCGCGAUCACUGCCACCACCCGCAGGCCCACGGGUUCCACAGCUUCCUUGGAAUGCCCUUCACCACGAUGGCCGACUGCGCUCGGUGGGAGCUGUCGGAGAAGCGCGUGGGCCUGGAGCGCUCCCUGGGCCUCUGGUUCCAGGUCCUGGCCGUGGCCUCGCUCACGCUCGCGGUGGGCCGCCUCACCCAGCUGACCAGCUCCUGGGUGCCCGCCAUCGGGGCCGCCUUGGCUGCUGCUGCCCUCCUCACAGCCUCGCGCCUCGUGGGCCACCUGGUCGUGCACGCAGACUGCCUCCUGAUGAGGAACCACACUGUCACGCAGCAGCCCCUGGACUUUGACAGGGCCACGCCCCUCCUUCUGCAGGAAGUCUCCUCCUUCCUGCAAAGGAAUAAGCACGGGCCAUUCCUCCUCUUCGUCUCCUUUCUGCACGUCCAUGUUCCUCUCAUCACCACCAAAGGCUUCCUAGGCAGGAGUCGUCACGGGUUAUACGGGGACAACGUGGAGGAGAUGGAUUGGAUGGUGGGACACAUCCUUGACACGUUAGACCAGGAAGGUUUGGCUGAUCGGACCCUCGUCUACUUCACCUCGGACCACGGGGGAUCCUUGGAGUCUCGCCUGGGAACCAACCAAUAUGGAGGCUGGAAUGGAGUCUACAAGGGAGGCAAAGGCAUGGGCGGCUGGGAAGGGGGCAUCCGUGUCCCCGGAAUCUUCCGGUGGCCCGGGGUGCUACCUGCUGGCCAAGUGAUCCAGGAGCCCACCAGCCUAAUGGACGUGUUCCCCACCGUGGUCCAGCUGGGGGGCGGCCAGGUGCCCCAGGACAGAGUGAUUGAUGGCCGAGACCUGCUGCCCUUGCUCCUGGGGACCGCUCAGCACUCGGACCACGAGGUCCUGCUGCAUUACUGCCAGAGGUUUCUGCACGCAGCCCGGUGGCAACAACGGGACCAGGACCGAGCAACCCUGUGGAAAGUGCACUUUAUGACGCCGAUCUUCCAGCCAGAGGGUGCUGGAGCCUGCUACGGGAAAGUGGUCUGCCCCUGCAUUGGGGAAGGAGUGGUCCAGCAUGACCCGCCUUUGCUCUUUGACCUCUCCAGAGACCCCUCUGAGUCUCAUGUCCUCACGCCCGACUCGGAGCCCCGGUUCCACCAAGUGGUGGGCAGAGUCCGGCAGGCCGUGGAGGAGCAUCAGCGGUCACUGGGCACUGUUCCCCAGCAGCUGGGCACCCUGCACAACCUGUGGCGGCCGUGGCUGCAGCCCUGCUGUGGCCCCUUCCCCCUGUGCUCGUGCGACACAGAGGACCAAGGGCAGUGACCAUCUACAUGGGAAGAGCCAGAGCCCGGUCCAAACAGCUCCUCACGCUGACAUCAGGCAUCCGUUGGGUGGUCACCAGUGACUCCCCACAUCAACAUGAAGUCACAAUGCACAAUCCAACUGACUGAAAUGCACCCUCCGGGGCCACUCUGGGCUCCCAGCAAAGAGCCCAGGACCUCCUGCAAUUAGAGGCUGGGACAGAGGACCCAAUCUAGCCCAGAGGAGGCCACUAUGCAAACAAAAGGUGCUUCCAAAUUGCACAGACUUCAGGUGCAGAGGGGGGAAGCCCCGAGGAACAAACCUGAUUCAAUAAGACAUGGCAUGUGCCGAGGGAUCAAGUCUCUGCUUAUCGCUCUCAGUAGCAAGGAAAGCUCCACCCUCAGGACCCCCCUCUCCUCCCCAAAGCCCUUUCUUCCGAACAGCAUCACCUGGGGGGGGGUAAAGAUUUCCAUAUAAGACUUUUGGGGGGACACCCACACUCAGGUCAUUGCACUGGUCAGAGGGCUCGUGGUCACUGUAUUAGUCUCCCUGGGCUGCUGUAACAAGACACCCCAGCCCUGGGGAUUAGAGACCCCCAGACCCUAACUGCUCAUGGAUGACCUCAGGCCACCACCCAAGCCAACUCCUCCUCUGCCUAAUGGCCAAAGCCAUCUCCAGCCCAGUGGAUCUUGAAAAAGGAAAGAGAUGGCAGCUGGCCAUCGCUAGGAGCCCUGCUUCUUUCUCACCACCCAUGCUGUGUGGAACAGAAAGCCAGCUCAUUGGGCCAGCUGUGUCCCCAGUCACCAGCCCACCUUGACACCUCUGAGUUCUUCAGCAUCCUCUGGGCUGGGUCACCUUCUUCAGACCCAGCCACACCCUUGACUCUGUUGACUUUGAGGCCCAAGUCCUCACAGAGGCUCCAAGUUCUUAACCCAUUAAGUGCCAAGCUUUCAAUUCUGCAAAGGUAUCAAGAAAAUUAUUAUUUUAACUGUUAUUAUUUUAUUUUGAGUCAGACUCUAAGUUGCUUAGGGCCUUGCUAAGUUGCUGAGGCUGACCCCCAAGUUGCAAUCCUCUUGCCUCAGCCUCCUGAGUCACUAGAAUUAUCAGUGUGCACCACUACAGCUGACUUCAACAUGACUAUUGACAUCGUGCAUUAAAAUAGGCAGAAAAUCAUAAUGUAAAACUUAUGUUUUAUUGCAUUUUGAUAUGACAUCUCUGCUCCCAGGACCCAAGGUCUCCUUAAUAAACACAGUCUUGUCUGCCGCGGUGGUGCACGCCUGCAAUCCCAGCUGCUUGGGAGGCUGAGGCAGGAGGACCAUGAGUGCAAAGUCAGCCUCAGCCAUGGUGAGGCCCUAAGAACUAUGUGAAGCCCUGUCUGUAAAUACAAUAGAAAAUAGGAUGGGGGUCGUGGCUCAGUGGUGGAGUGCCCUUGAGUUGGGUCCUCUGAGGAAGCAUGAGAAGGCUGUGCUACAGCAUCUUUACUAAAAUUAGGCAAAAUGUUUCAAAACCAAAAAUGUAGUGACAGAUAACAGCUGUGGGGGGUGGAAACAUGAGGUUAAGGAGUUACUGAAAGCUCCAUCAUUGUCCCCAGUGCCCAUCCAAUAAUGAGGACACAGCUUUGGUGGGGGCAGAGUAUAUUGCUUUGUUAGCAAAGGAGAGGCACAGGAGCUAUUGUCCCAGAGGCCACGAUUCUGCCCAUCAGCAGGAACAGGGGGCUUUUUUUUUUUUGGAGGGGUGGGGUGAAAAACCAGCCUCUACCUCAGAGCAAAGCCUGUCCAAGGAAGGGACAUGAACUUUGUCCUCGGAAGGACCCACAGAGCACUCCUAGGCACAUGCCCCCCUGCUGAGUUGUUUAUCUACAAAUAACAGGAGAGAUCUGCUGGACCACGUGUCCCUGACUCAGUCAGGCUAGGUGGGGACCCAGAGCAACCCCCUAGCAGCCACCAAUCAGCAGGAGACAGGGAAAUACCUGGGAUGCCAGAUGACCCUCCCAGCAGUUUAUGGUGUUGGGAAACCAUGUAGUUCAGCACGUACACCCAUCUUGGCUUAAACCAAUCAGUUCAAACGAAUCCCCCUCUUGAGCUCACCAAUCACCCCUCCCCAACUUGUUCCUGCCAGUGGAUGUGCUAAUCAUGUUUUAGGGUUGUUUUAUGAUUUUCCCGCGGUGUGUGAUGAUUUGCUGAGAGAUGCUAUGAUGCAUGUGAAGUCCCUGCCUUCCCCAAAGAGUGUAUAAAACUGCUGCCAACCCUGGGCUCGGGGCCUCUCGGCGUCACCAGUUGCUGUGUGCAUGGAGGACCGAGCUAGCUCGCAAUAAACACCUCUUUGCUGCUUA